UCCACUGCAAGCUCCACGCCUCCACCUCCACACACAAAGAGACGCAGCAGCCAGCUUAAUAUGACGCAGAAGAUCGUGAUCGCGGUGCAGAUGGCGAGCAGCAGGUGCCGGUCCAAGGCGCUGGCGCUGGUGGCGGCCACGCCGGGAGUGGACUCGGUGGCGCUCGCCGGGGACGGCAAGGACCAGGUGGUGGUCGUCGGCCACGGCGUCGACUCCGUCAAACUCGCCAGCGCGCUGCGCAGGAAGGUCGGCCACGCGCAGCUGCUGCAGGUUGGCGACGCCAAGAAGGAGGACGGGACGAAGCCGCCGGCCGCCGUGGUCGAAUACUACCCGUACGGCUACUACUACCCGUCGCAACCGGCGCCGGUCAACUUCUUCUACGAGCAGCAGCACUACCCUGCUGUUGCUGCCGUGGAGGCGUACGGGUACCCAUGCUCGCGGCCGGAGCCGGGCACCUGCUCAGUAAUGUAGAGCACAUCACAUGCUGAUAGUGAUAGGGUAGUAGCUUGAUUACUUGUAUAGACUUUUACCUGCGACCCGCAGCUGAAACAGCAGAGUUUCUGACAAAAAACAAGCGGACCGUCAGCAUGACAAAUCCGGUUUCGAGUCCAACAAAAUCUGUCACGCGCCCGAAAAAUGAAUAUGAGUUAUACAACAUGGCGCGUGACAAAUCUUCUGCUAACUCCGUAAUCGGCAGGCGUCACCUCUCAACCUCACCGCUGGUCUAUUCAGAUGUGUGUAGACGGGGAAACAAAGUAAUCAAGUUUGCUAAAAGUUUGAGAUUGGCAAA